AUACAUAUGUCCACACCUCAAAAUAAAAAAAUGUCUCACUUUAAAAUUAUCACCACUCUUCUUCUAAUUAUUUUUACCGUUUCGUCUAAAAAUGUUACCGCUCCACCAAAAAAAAUGAAUAACAAUCUGACCGAAUUUCUCGUCCAACUCCUCCAAAACAGAUUUACCCCUUGCUCACUGCUACACAUUUACAUAAAUUCCGAGCAAAAUCCACACCCAAAUCUGUCCCAAAGCUCCGACUUUGAUGAAGUAUUCGAUCAAAGUAUUCGCCGUGUUGAGCGUGAUGCAUUCGUCGUCCAAGUAAACUCCAACUUCGACUCAUUUUCAAAUGCCCCCAGUCUCAUCUCCCCCAAUAAAUCUGAAGAAUCCCUCACCAAUCUCGACACUAUUUCAGACGUCCACCGAUUCCGCGACCCCUGCACAACCGCCAUCCUCACCGUCUCCCAUCUCUUCCCCGGCCUUUCGAAUCGUCUCUACACCGAAAUCACAAAAUGGUCCAAUGUCAUAAAAAAAGACGAAGAUUACUUCAUCUUCAUCGUCUCCACGGCAUCGACUGAUCCCUCCCGUGACCUCGUCUCCAGCCAAAUCGGGGCCGGGAUCAAGUACAAAGUCCUGCUCCAAUCAUCCCCCCAUAAAUCCACCCCAAUCGAUAACGGGAUAACGAUGUCCACCACGUGUUUUUAUUGCGAUUCUGGGAAACCUAAAGCUCUCCUGGUGCCCUGGGGACGCAUCCAUCCAGCAAACUCAAGUCACAUUGACUUUGCUGAUUUCUCCACCCUGUUUCCCGAUCUUACCGGAAACUUUUACGGGAAACUGCUCGCCGUCGGGACCCCGAUGGGGACGCGGUGGUUGAACGAGCUGAGAUCCGAGGAGGGGAAAUGGGUCGCGAAACGGGGGCUUUAUAAAAUCGUGAUGGACAACCUCAUGUCCCGGUACAACUUUAGUUGCGACUUUUUCCCCUCCAUGGUCAACGGAGGGACCGGGUCGAAGCUGAAGAAUGGGACGUGGAUCGGAUCCGUGGGCAAUAUUGUGCACAAAACGGCCGAUCUGGGUCACGUGACGGGGCAGACUUUCGCAAGGAAUAGGGUGGUCGGAUUUACGUAUCCAGUUUCGUAUGAAAUGUUGACCUUUUCGACGGGAGAACCGUUUCCGUACUUUUCGUGGAAAGCGAUCCUUUGGCCGUUAGCGACGGAUAUGUGGAUCGGGCUGGGAGCGUCGUUUAUGGUGGCGAAUAUCGUGCUGUAUUUGAUCAUCCAGAGGACCACGGAACAGUUUGAUGUGGUGCAUAUUGUGUCGUAUACGAUUGCAUCGAUUGUAGAGCAGGAUGUCCCAGCGGCGGAGAGACUCAAGGCGAAUGGGAUAAGAGCCUUCGUCUGUUUCUGGUUAUUUUUCACCCUCGUAAUCUCCACCGCCUACAAAUCCAAGCUGGUCUCCCUCCUCUCCUUCCCCAAUGCUGAAGAACCCCCCAAAACCUUUGAAGAACUCGCCAGUUCCGAUUACGCCUACGCCCUCCAAUACCUCUUCGGAGCUGCCUACGUCCUCCUGCAGACCUCACCAAAUCCCACUUAUCAAAAAAUCUUUAACCGCAUGGAACUCGAAACCGACGAUGUCGCCUGCUUCGAACGCGUCAUUGGCAAGAAAUUCGUAUGCAUUUCAUGGAGUCGGAUUGCCGACUUUGUCUUUAAACGAAACCUGAGUGACCAGUACGGCCGCGUCCCCGUCAUCAAAGCCGCCGCGACCACGUGCUUCCUCAGCGUGGGGAUCAUUAUGGAAAAACGGGCCGUUUUCUUGACCAAUUUCAAUCUGCUUAUCAUCCGCUCGACGGACAGCGGGCUAAUGGAGCGGUGGUGGGAUGAUGACAUGAAUUUCGUCUACAAUGAGAGGAGGACUUGGGAGAAGGAGGCGAAUGUGAGCAAGACCACGGGAGGCGACGUGCAGGGGACGGAUGCCCUGACAAAUAAGCACUUCCGGGGAUCCUAUUACCUUCUCGCGUUGGGAAGUGUGCUCGGAAUCAUAAUGUUUGUGUGGGAGCUGAUUUUGCACAGAAAGCAUACCGUGAAGGAGAAGACGUUUCCUUUACUGGAUUGAAAGAGAAGAUUGCAAUUUUUCGCCAAUUUUUUUUUGUCGUGUAAAUUGCUUGUGUAAUUUAGCUACGUAUUACAUGCUUACAUCUGCAAGAGGAGUGAUCAAUAAGAACAAUUUCACAUUAUCCCAGAGAUAAAAUUUCUUGUUCUACCGAAAUUCUACUAACAAUGGAGGUCUCCCACGGUAUGCUCUCAAAUUUUGGGCAAAAUUAGUGAGAUUUUGGACAGACUAGUGUCAGUAAAUCACAAAUUUAAUUAGUAUGAAAUUUGCAAAGACACGAUCUCCCAGUGGGCACUUUUGGCCGAGAUAUGUACAUCCAAAGAGGAGAAAACGCGCUCUAAACUGGGCCAAUUUUACAUAUGUACAUUUUCCAAAUUCAUUGCGUGUUUUCUCCUCUUCGGAUGCAAAUAUCUCUGUCAAACCUGAAGAUUGAUAGAUCGAAUCUUUUGCAAUUUCAUAUUGAUUAAAGUUGUGAUCGAUUGACGCUAAUGUGCUCAAAAUCCUAGAGCAUAUGCUUGAAGACCUCCAUUGUGAGUGCAUAUACUGCCGUUGUUUAAAUAGAAAUAUUGACAAUCCUGCUUGAAUAACUGGUAUAAAACUAAAUUAUAAUUACAUUAAAAAUUAAAUUAUAAUAUUUACAAUAAAUACCAUGUCGUCAGAAUCCAUGCAUUCUUCUUUAAAGUAUCUAUACUGUCAUGCCGUAAUGUGCUGUAGUUAAUUACCCUUCAAAAUAAAUUAUUGAUUGUAUAAAAUGUA